AUGGAACAGGCAUCGAACGUUGGCGAUAGUCGAAAACUCUACCAACUUAUCCGCCAAGUUAGCGGUAAGCCCUCUAAACUGAGUGACUCCUUUCGCGACGUGAACGGCGGCUUCAUUGCUGACAACUCGGCCAAAAUCGAGCGCUGGCGUAAGCACUUCGAGUACCAUCUCAACUCCGAUACCCAAUCUACCUCGCCCAUGCUCUCCUCUUCUGCGGAGUUUCUUCCCUCUCCUACCUAUGCAGUGCCAUGCGAUCCCGCCUCCGAGGAAGAAGUCGCCGAUGCCAUACGAAAGUUGCGCAACAAUAAGGCGUCCGGAGAGGACGGUAUACCCGCUGAAAUCUUUAAGUCUUGUGUCGACACUCUGGCGCCCUGGCUCCAUGAGGUGAUUGAACGAGCGUGGAGAGACGUGGUUGUUCCUGAUGGCUGGGGCUUAGGCAUCCUUGUACCUAUCCUCAAGAAGGGAGAUAAGACGAAAUGCGAGAACUACCGCGGCACAAGUCUCAUCGACAUUGCUGCGAAGAUCUUCGCUAUUGUCCUACUCAGGCGAUUCCAGGCUGUGCAUGACUCAAGGACGAGGGCCAACCAAGUCGGAUUUCGUGCUAGACGUCCCUGGAUAUUCACACUGAGGCGCAUUCUCAAAUUUCGCCAUAGCUACCAACAACCGACGGUCGUCUGCUUUAUUGACUUGGCCGCCGCGUUCGAUUCCGUUCAUCGUGAGUCCCAGUGGCGCAUAAUGGCGCUAGAUGGUUUACCAGCAAAAAUCAUCGCCAUGAUCAAGGCCUACUAUCGCUCCACUAUUUCGAGAGUCCUGGUGCGUAAAAAUCUUUCCCACCCGUUCGGUAUUCGGUCUGGCGUUCGACAGGGUUGUAUCCUGUCGCCCAUUCUGAUCAACUAUGCUACUGACUGGAUCCUCGUGAGGGUCGUACACGAAGGUGACGGUGUUGAGCUUGCACCCCGACACCGACUGACUUAUCUCGACUAUGCCGAUGAUAUCGCCUUACUUGCUUUAGGUUUUUGUGAUCUGCCGUCUAUGGUGUCACAGAGUAAAGACGACAUUGUCUCCCGAAGUGAUGCUGCCCGCUGA